CCUAUGCAGUGUUUACCGUAGGUGCAUACGAUUUUAUUUGGGAAUUUUACCAGUUGCUCAAUGAAUCAGAUUUAUGUAAACAGUGUCCCCGAGCAUGGCCAAGCCGCGACCUUGUGUAGUACCGUGUUGUCAGGGCGAAAGGUUCGAGUUGGUGCACAAGUUUCCUUCGGAUCGAGAUCGUGCAGAACUGUGGAAAUCGAUACUGGCUGUACCGGAAUUGCGUGAUGUUGAUGUUGACAUCAUCAGGGGUAAAUAUUUCGUUUGUUCGAGGCACUUCCGAGACUCGGACUACAAGAAUAAACUAUCCCGAAGCUUAAAUAUAACAGCUAAUCCGUCAUUGAAUUUGUUCAGUCUCACCGAUUCGGAGGGGUUGAAUCGAGUGGUUCCUCCUUUGGUGCGACCGUUGCCUUUUCCCGAAUCAACGAAGGAUGGUGGCAGUUUUGUAACGAGUACAGUUGAGCUUCGGUUACAGCCCAUAGCGGCACAGUUUGUUCCGCAAAAAACGGUUGAUCAAAUUUUGACCGACGAAAAAGAUACGGGGUCUUUCGAUUCUUUAAGCGAUACCGAGCAGACACAAGAGUACACAAGUGUGAAGAAAGAACCUCAUUUGGAUAUUUUAAAACAAAUACCGAGCCAGAAGCGCUGCAAGGAAGUAAGAACUUUGGCCGGAAGCACUCCUGCAAAGAUUUUCAAGUUCAAGCGUGGUUCUGAUAUUUUAAAGCUUGACAUGAAACCGGUUGACCGUGUUCCUGGUUCUGAUGGAAUAGUCUUGAGAAAGAUUAAACUGGUUUCGCCGAAAAAAGACAUACCGCAGUCUGCCGAGAGGAAAAUUUUAACGGUAUCGUCAGAAACACAAACCGAUAGCAAAUAUUUCCAACACAGUGAAACAAAUCAGUCGAUAGAAGAAGCGGAUGCUAAAGUUGAUAGUGACACCAAAAACACGACAAAGGUGUUAGCCUUACUGGAGUGUACCCCGGAAAAUCUAAUAAAGCUACAACGAAAGCUAAAAGAGAAGAGCGAUGGAAGUUUGCCUUUUGAUGAAAAUCUAUUUCAAGAUUUAGCCAGUAAUCAGCAUGAUGAAGAAGAAGAAGAAAAAACCGGAGCGAUGGCGGACACCGACGAACGGUUCUUUCUGACACUGCAUAACACCGAAUCCGAUCAAUCUGUCCGGGUUAGUUACGUUUGGCUGCGGGAUCACUGCCGGUGCAACGAAUGCUACAAUCACGUAACGUUCCAACGAUCGGUAUGCAUCCUAGACAUCCCGGAGAAUAUGUCUCCGCAGAGCUUUAAGGUUGACGAGAAGAAGCUGGACGUGAUCUGGAAUGACGGCCAUGUGUCAUCCUACGACCUGGAUUUCAUCUUCCAGUCCCAGUUUGAGGUAUAUCGGGAAACAUUACUGCAGGAGCACGCUCAGCCGGUUCUUUGGGAUCGUGAUCUCAUCGGUCUGUGUCCCGAAUACUGUCGGGUCUCGUUGAGCGAAUUGAUCUGUGAGGAUUCAGCCGUCACGAAAGUAGUGAAGAGUCUAAUUGCGUACGGUGUGGCCUUCAUCGAGAAGGUUCCGACCAACCAGCAGAGUACUGAGAUGGCAGUAAAAAGGAUUUUCCCUGUACAUAAAACACUGUUUGGUGAAAUGUGGACAUUUAGUGAUCAGAUGGACCACGGUGAUACGGCCUACACGAAAAAUUAUCUUGGACCGCAUACGGAUACGACCUAUUUCAGUGAUGCUUCGGGAUUACAGAUCCUUCAUUGUAUCCAAUUCAAUGGAACCGGAGGGGACACUAUGUUAAUCGAUGGUUUCAAAGUCGCCGAGCAGCUGAAAAUUAAGGAUACUAAAGCAUUCGAACGACUCUGCUCGUACCCACUGAUGGCAGAGUACAAAGAGGAAGGUAAACAUCACACUUACUGUGCACCGGUUAUCAAACGUAACAUCACCACCGGGGAGGUAGAACAGUUGCGUUUUAACAUGUACGACCGAGCCGUAAAUAACACCAUCCCGCAAAAGGAUAUGCCGCAAUUCUACGCCGAUUUGAAGAGAUUAGCGGCUGAAAUAAACGACGAAAGUAUGGUGUGGAAAUUUAGGCUCACUCCAGGAACAGUACUGAUAUUCGAUAACUGGCGGGUGCUGCACGGUCGAACGGCAUACUUCGGAAAGCGGGUGAUGACCGGGUGCUACGUGGCGAGGACCGAGUUUCAAAGCGUUGCCAGAACGCUUGGGCUUAUCUUAUGAUUUUGGUUGAGCAUAAGUAUGAUUCGUUGAGUGGUUUGCAGGAGGAUGAAUAAAUGAUGACCGAGAAA